AUGAAAGGAGAAUACCACCAUAAAUCUGUUGUUAAUUUGUCGAGUGCUGGUGUUCUUAAUUCGGACAGAACGUCAUAUGCUGUUUUGGCCACUGCUUUGGUGGAAGUUUCAGGUUCAAACGGUACUUUUCACAAAUUAAGAUGUUUAAUUGAUUCAGCCAGUAUGACCUCUUUCAUAACUAAGCAUGCUGCUUCUCGAUUGGGUUUGAGACCUGAAAAUGUCUUUUUCGAAGUAACGGGUUUGAACUCUUCGAAAUCUUGCACUAGUAAAGGUUUAGUUGCUAUUACAAUAAGACCAGUAGGUCAGGAAACUCCAAUAUUGCACACUAACGCAUUUGUUAUCACCCAAAUAACAGAAAAAUUGCCCAAUUCCACCAUACCCGCUGUAAUUACUAAUGAGUUUAAGAAUUUAAAGUUAGCCGAUCCUUCUUUUAAUAGACCUGGAAACAUUGAUAUUUUGUUUGGAGUUGAUAUGUUUGCUAAAAUUCUGCUGGGCACUCAUAUUUCUGGUUCUAAUGGUAUCGACGCUUUCGAUACCAUAUUUGGAUUCAUUCUUAUCGGAGGUGCAACUGAUCUUUCAAGAAAUGUAACAUCUUCUUUUUUUUGUAAUAUAGAUUGUCAAGCUAUUGAUGACUCACUCCCAAAUAUUUUAAAGGGUUUUUGGGAAAUUGAAUCGGUCCCAUCGGUAAGUGUUAGUUCUUCAGCUGAUGAUUUAUGUGAGAAAAUAUUCGUCGACACACAUAAACGCGACGUUUCCGGCAAAUAUAUAGUCUUUACCUUUUGCAAAUGA